AUGCUUGUAGCGGACGAAGAGUCAUCCAGCUCGACGAGUGGAGUAUCUCAGGGACUUCCCGGCUUUCGUGAACCGGGAACGUUCGACCCUUCGAAGGAAGAAUGGAACAUGUUUCAAGUGAAGUUCCUUAUUCGGGUAGGGAGAGUUUCCGACGACGCCGGCAAGAGAGAUCUCCUCAUUUCUUCGUUGAGCCCGGAAGUUUUCAAGCGCCUGUACAAUCUACUGCAACCCAAGGACGUUAUGGAAGUUUCUUCCAGUGACAUCAUGGCAAAGCUGUCGGAACAUUACACACCGAAGCGGUUCAAAGAAUUCGAGCGUUUCAAGCUUUUCUCGUCUCGACAGGAGGAAAGCGAGUCGGUAAAGGACUUUGUGGAGAGACUCUCAGCCAUUGUUGGCCGCUGCGAAUAUGAAGGCCAGAGGGACACCAGGGCUUGCUCGUUGUUGACAGCCUUCAUUGUUGGCUUACGGGAUCCAAGGGUGCGAGCAAGACUUGUCCUGGAAAAAGAGUUGACGUUGGAGUCAGCCAUUCGUUUGGCGGAGAGUUCGUUGGCGGCAGAAGCAGAGUCACGUCAGCUUCAUUCUGGAGUUCCUGUCCACAAGAUUGCGGGACAAGAGGCCGUCCGUCGCAGGUGUUUCCGCUGUGGGAAUACCAACCACGGACCCGAUGCAUGUAGAUUCAAGAAAGAAGAAUGCCACUCUUGUGGGAAGGCUGGUCAUAUAGCUAAGAUGUGUCAGAAUGGACGUGCAUCGAUGUCCACCGGUAAACACAAGCCCAAGCAAUCGAGCAGGGUCAAGCUAGUUACGGACAUGUUGCUGGCAGAUGAACAGGACGGACGAUAUCUGAUUUGCAACCUUUUGUGCAAGGAUAUCACACUGCAAGUGGAUACUGGUUCACGGGCCACGUUGCUGGAUGGCCGCACGUUUAUAAAGCUUGGGAAGCCGAAGCUAGAGACUUCGCCUUAUCGACUACGCGGUCUGAAUAAGGGCGAAAUUCCACUUCGUGGGAAACGGAAUUGGAUGUUUCGUUCGGAAACCGAACGCCAAGUUUACAGAGAGUGGAUUAGGCGACUGGAUAUCGACCUCAACAGGCUGUUUGUGGGGAGCGUCGGUAUUGCCAAGGAGUCACUAAAGGAGAUUUUGGGAAAAUUUUCAGCGCUCUUCCGCCCUGGCGUCGGAAGGUGCACGAAGUUGCUGGUCCAUCUUCAUGUACGUGAGGGGGCACAACCGAAGUUCUUCAAACCACGUCCUAUACCUUUUGCCACAAGACAGGCAGUACAGACAGAUUUCCAACGUCAGGUGAAUGGAGUGUUGCAAUCGGUGGAGGUAUCAGAUUGUGCGACACCAAUCGUGGUCGUGCCCAAACCAAACGGGGCCGUCCGUGUCUGCGGAGACUUUAGUGUCACGGUUAACCCGCAGCUGGCCAUUGCACAAUAUCCUAUUCCAAGGCCGGAAGAGCUCCUGGCGGUUCUCAACGGCGGUGAGAAAUUCCCGAGAAGAAAGAAGAGAGAGAGAAAGCCCGAUCUCUCAGAAGCAUACCUUCAAAUGGAACUCGACGAAUAA